AUGACAUCCCGACAACCAGCUAAACUCGUCGUCCUAGAGAAUUUGUCGAGUAAUAAUGGUCGAAAUGCACAAAAGAUUCAUCUGCACGUAGAAAAUAUGAGAGAAUUUAAAAUUUGCGCCGGAAAUCAUAUCAUCGUUAGAAAACACGUCGAUGAAAAUGAGGAGGUCAAGGAAACCAUCGCCGAG